UUGGGAUUUCUGUGUGGAUGUACCUCCGCUCUGCAGACGGAGGAUGUAGACGACCCCCGGACUUCACGAUGGUUGUUGCUCUGUACGGGAUGGGAUGUUGGCAGUUUUGGGCAUUACGAGGUCAAUUAAUACUGAAUCAACACUGUGCUCUUCAAAUGACCUGAUGUUCUCUGCAGUGCUUUCCCAGUGAGUUUCCAUUCUGCGGAUUAGUGAGCAAGGUAUAUACAGGGAACAACUGGAGUGUUAUUGACAACAUACGGUGCGCCAGUCUACCGCCAGGACGCCAAACAACAAGGGAUCAGCAGCAGCUUAGAACAUUUCUUGCACCUGGUCUGCUUCUCUUGAGCGUAAAAAAAAGAAAAUGAACACUACCACUACUACCACACCACCACCACCACAUGAACAACUAUGAAAAGGGAAAAAAUGAUGGUUGAGUCCACUGCCUACGUUCUCCGCUUCCCCUGAAAGAAGUGUAGGCCACAAGUAGCUUCCUUUGACUCUGGGAAAGCAGUGAAGGAGCGAGCGCGUGUAUCGUGAAGCGUGACUGAUGGAGAGGCUUUCAGAGGCGCGGUUCUACGUCAACAGGGCAACAACUCCCUGCGCACUGCACAAGCCAGGUACCUCCGUGGGGGAAGUAAAGAAGAGGAAAUUGUCCUGAGGGGGCUGAAAACUGGAGCAUUAGCAGGAGCCCUGGAAGAUCGACCAGCGCCACCCGCCCGCUGAUGUUGUAGUCUCGCAGCAUGAUGACGCUCUUCACCAACUCCAGCGUCGGCUUCUCCACGAGGAACUCUGGAAGAAAACGCCCACAUUUGCCAGCAGUUGACCCCAUAGCACAGCGAGGCAGCGAUGCAUCUCACGGCAGUGCUGGCUUGGCCUCGGCACUCUCAACAUACACACGGCACCUGCGCCCCCAACCAAUAUAAAGGUUAGGACGAGGCAGGGUGACGCUGACCACCUGACGCGGGCGUGCUUGGGCCCCACACACACACAGUCCAGCACACCCUCACGCCCGCCCACGCUUCCUUGCUGGAUGCUUCUCUUCAUCUGUCCAGUCUUUCCUGCCACUGCGCCGGCUCCCGCGGCAGCAGUGGUGACGGCAGUGGUGGUGGUGAUGGUGCUGCUGCAGGAAACGACAGCAGCCUCGUCUACGAGAAUCAAGACGGCUCUUCCCGUCUCCACCUACUCUGCACCGAGGAACUCUGCACCGAGGAACCAGAAGACCAAGACUGACUCAGCCACUAAGGUGCGGCAAGGGACGAACCAGCUUAUCGACGGUGUCAUGAGUCAAUUACCGGACAUCACUGCGACCGUACGCAACGUGACGAAGGGCGCGACGGAGAAGCAGCUCAAGAACUUGCAGCGCGUCACCAAAUUCAUUGGUCCUGCCUUGCAGAUAUUUAUGGAACUUCAAACUGGGCAGAACGGGAUCACCUUCGAGGACCGCAAAAUGCUGGACGAAGUCGGCAUGCUGACUGAGUAUCUCACUUCCACGGUGCUUACCAAGCCCGCUGCUGAUCCUUCAAACAAAACGAGGGAGCUUCUGCCGGACUACACCGAUCUGCUGGAAGGCGAGGAGACCCUCCCAGCCUUCAGUGACGUGGACGCUGGUAGAGAGUUUAUCUCCACUGAGCCUGAGCCACAGAGAGAGUCCUCAUUUGUGGAAACUUCCCCAUCUUUUGCUCCAUCACCAGUCUCUGCUCCCUCAUCUUCACGAAGAACGUUUGGGUCUUUCCGCUCUUCUCCAGGUCGUCAAAGACUGACGCCGGUAUCUGCAGUUUCAUCUUCGACAAGAAGUACUGUUGGGUCUUUCCGUUCAUCUCCAGCUCAUGAGAAACAGACGCCAAUCUCUGUGUUCCCACCUUUAACAAGAACCUUUACCUCACUCGAUGCCUCUCCUGUUACCGAGAAGCCGAAGUCAAAACCUGUACUUCCACCUUUAACAAGAACGUUUGGAUCUUUCAGUUCAUUUUCAGAUAACGAUAAGAAGACACCCACACCUUCAUUCCCACCUCUGAUAAGAGAUUCUCCGUCUUUUGGUUCCUCUCUCGAUACCAAAAAGCCCAAACCAUCCGCUUUCUCAUUUUCAACAAUUUUCGGGUCUUCUGAUUCAUUCCCACACAGCGAAACGCAAACACCAACCUUCUUUUCUUCCCCUUCAACAAAAGUAACUGUUUCUCAUCCCUCUAAGUUUAGGUUUCCUUCCCCUAGAGUUCAAGCGUCACCCCUAGUGUCCAGACCAAGGCCGGCAUCUAGCCAGCACCUGGGCGCGAAACACUUUGGAAGCUCCUUCACUGACAGAGAAGCAAAUAAGGAAGAGCAGACCACAUUGGCAGAACAGAGCACACAAGCGGAAGAACAGAGCACACAAGCGGAAGAACAGAGCACACAAGUGGAAGAACAGAGCACACAAGCGGAAGAACAGAGCACACAGGCGGAACAGAGCACACAGGCUCCUAAGAUACAAGCAGCUGUGAAGCCCCUUGCCCCGAAAAGACGAUACUCACCCUCACGACUUUUGAGACAACAGAUGUCUGGGAAUAUUCAGUCCACCGAAACAUCCUCCACAGGCGCUCCGGUCAGCAAACACUCAGCUCGCCCACUCAUUGGGUCCAGGGCGGGGAGUAGGGCGGGGCGCAGGGUCAUCUUCAGUCGCCGAAGACUCACCCAUGCUCAACCUUGAACGAAGCAAACACGUAAUGUUAAGGAAAACAACGUCUUCUGAUAUAAUACACUACUUCACUGAUUUCUCUUCUAUUAUGCCAAAGACUUGAAGAAAAAUAUUAAAAAAGAAUGGCUACAUAUAAGGAAGGGAGAAUAGGAAGGGGAGCCGAACAAGAAGUGCAAAAGCUUAAUUGUACAUGAUAAAGCUCUCACUUGGAGUUUCCCUGGAAAUAAAUAGUACUUGGUUUCAAAACUCAAAGAUUUCCUUAUGAGAUGCAUACAGAUAAGUACACCAUUUCAAAGUACAAAUUAUAAAUGAUUGUAUUAUUUAUUCAUCACGGUCUACACGUAAAAUGCAUGUCUGUAUAUCAUCUCUAUUCAUAUAUGUAUCCAUCUUUCAAAGCUCCAUAUUGACUGUGCACCAACAACCUGAUUAAUGAGUCUGUUCCAUUCAUCUACCACUAUUAGGAUACCAAUGUCCUCGCAUCUCCUACUUAAGAAUCCAACUUCACCAACUUUUCCUGUGUUGUCCUCUUGUAGCGAAACACUUACACAUUUCAGGGUCAGAACACUUUCACGGUUCAGAUUAUGUAGCGUCUAUUUACAUUGUACUUUUGUAAUUAAUGUUAGAGUAAAAGAGUAUUAUAAAAGAACAUGUAUUU